AGGGCGCACACGCGCGCGUGUGUGUCCGGGCCGUGGCGCCGGCUUCCUCCGUGUCCCCGCGGGCCCGGCCCCUGGUUCUGGCUCCUACUCUUAAGUCUCCGCGGUCCCCACACGAGUUCCCCUCAGGCCCCCGCCCCGGCCCCCUCAGGAUGGGGGACAACACCAGCCCCAUCAGCGUGAUCUUGGUGAGCUCGGGCAGCAGGGGCAAUAAGCUGCUCUUCAGGUACCCCUUCCAGAGGAGCCAGGAGCACCCCGCGUCCCAGACAAAUAAACCACGAAGCAGAUAUGCUGUCAGCAACACGGCUGAACAUGUUGAUGACCAGGAUGGUGACUCCAGCAAGCCAUGUCCUCCAACCGAUGAGCAAUUGGUUGCAGGGUUCUCGGAUGUUAUUCUGGCAACAAUUUUGGCAACCAAGUCUGAAAUGUGCGGCCAAAAAUUUGAACUGAAGAUUGAUAAUGUACGGUUUGUUGGGCACCCAACACUGCUGCAGCAUGCUCUGGGGCAGGUCUCCAAAACAGAUCCAUCUCCAAAGCGGGAAGCACCCACCAUGAUUCUUUUUAAUGUGGUGUUUGCACUGAGGGCCAACGCUGACCCAUCAGUGAUAAACUGUCUACAUAACUUGUCCCGGCGCAUUGCCACUGUCCUGCAGCAUGAGGAGCGCCGCUGCCAGUACCUCACUCGAGAGGCCAAACUGAUCCUAGCACUUCAGGAUGAGGUGUCAGCCAUGGCUGACGCAAACGAAGGUCCUCAGUCUCCGUUCCACCACAUCCUACCCAAGUGCAAGCUGGCUAGAGACCUCAAAGAAGCUUAUGACAGCCUCUGCACAUCUGGUGUGGUGCGGCUUCACAUUAACAGCUGGCUGGAAGUGAGCUUCUGUUUGCCCCACAAGAUCCACUAUGCAGCUUCAAGUCUGAUCCCUCCUGAGGCUAUUGAGCGGAGCCUGAAAGCCAUCCGCCCCUACCAUGCCUUGCUACUACUCAGUGAUGAGAAGUCUCUGCUGGGUGAGCUUCCCAUUGACUGCUCUCCGGCUCUGGUGCGGGUCAUCAAGACCACAUCUGCUGUGAAGAACCUGCAGCAGCUAGCCCAGGAUGCUGACCUGGCCUUGCUGCAGGUCUUCCAGCUCGCAGCUCACCUGGUAUACUGGGGCAAAGCCGUCAUCAUCUACCCAUUGUGUGAGAACAACGUCUAUGUCCUAUCUCCCAAUGCCAGUGUGUGUCUAUACUCCCCACUGGCUGAGCAGUUCUCCCGACAGUUCCCGUCCCAUGACCUGCCAUCUAUCCUGGCCAAGUUCUCCUUGCCUGUUUCUUUAUCGGAGUUCAGGAGCCCUCUGGCUCCCCCUGCACAGGAGACCCAGCUCAUCCAGAUGGUGGUGUGGAUGCUGCAGCGCCGGCUCCUCAUCCAGCUGCACACCUAUGUUUGCCUAAUGGCCUCACCCAGUGAAGAGGAGCCCCGACUUCGAGAGGAUGAUGUCCCCUUCACUGCCCGAGUCGGUGGCCGCAGCCUCAGCACACCAAAUGCCCUAAGCUUCGGCUCCCCAACCAGCAGUGAUGACAUGACCCUUACCAGCCCCAGUAUGGACAACUCCAGUGCAGAGCUGCUCCCCAGUGGGGACUCACCACUAAACAAGAGGAUGACAGAGAACCUGCUUGCCAGCCUCUCAGAGCAUGAGCGGGCUGCCAUCCUUAGUGUACCUGCAGCCCAAAAUCCUGAGGACCUCCGCAUGUUUGCCAGGCUCCUUCACUAUUUCCGUGGCCGCCACCAUCUGGAGGAGAUCAUGUACAAUGAGAACACACGGCGUUCCCAGCUGCUCACACUCUUUGACAAGUUCCGCAGUGUGCUGGUGGUGACCACCCAUGAGGACCCUGUCAUUGCUGUCUUCCAGGCACUGCUCACAUGAGCCCAGGCAGCAAGCUAAGUGUGAAUGGGAACUAGCCUACCCCCUCCCUGCCCCAGAGCUCCUGAGUCACCUUAGGAGGAUAGGCAGUCCCAGCCUGGCAGAACUGGUUCUUGUUCCAGCUGUCUGUCUGAUCAGAAACAGCUAUAGGUAACCAUUGCACUUUUUUGUUUUGAGACAGUCUUAUGUAGCCCAGACCUCAUACUUGCUAUGUAGCCAAGGAUGACUCUGAACUCCUGAUCUUCCUGCCUCUGUCCAUGUGUGCUAGGAUUACAGACAUAUACCACCAACGUUACUUUAAAAAAUAUACGUAUAUUUAUUUUUAUUAAUGGUUUUGUGUGUGUGGGUGCCCUCAGAGGUCAGAAGAAAGCAUACCCUGGAGCUAGAGUUACAGAGGUUGUGAGCCGCUGGGAAAGGGAACUCAAGAAGAGCAGGAAGCUCUUCUAACCAUUGCCAUCUCUGCAGCCCCACCAGGCUUACUCUUCAGUCCAGUCCUCACAGCAUCUUCACUGCUGAGCUGGAGAAGGCCUUCCAAGAUGUGUCUCUAAAGUCCAAGUCCUACACACACAGUUUGUAUCUUUCUGAUCCCUUCCCCAGCCCUUCCCCUUAUGCAGCUACCCUGGAGUGUCCAAAACACUUGUUUAACUCAUUCCUGCUCCUAGGUGUAUAUAUCCAUACACUGACAAUUCUCCCCUUUGGUGCCAUACCUACUGGGUACACAGGUUUUCUGACCCAAAUGAAUAAUUAACUGCAUGCACACAAAUUCUGGCUGAGACUUGGACAGUUCCCCACAAAUAAGAUAUUUAUUGUACUUUUAAACAAUAAAAAAGCCCAUCAGGUUGUUUGCUGAGGCUGAUACAUCUGUUCAGCCACUCUGUCUACCACACUGACCCAUGGGCUGCCCUGGACAUAGAAGCGCAGUGGCUUCUGGGUCCACUCCCCUGCAUGACCAAUGCCUAUGCGAGCUGCUGCCACCACAGCUGGGCUACCUGUCUCAAGGCGGCCAUGCUCCAGCCACACAGCCUCAUCUUGGGUCAGGUCUCGUUGGUCAAAGCUCUUAUCAAUGGCCAGGGCCUGGCACAGCUUGGAGGGACCACUACAGAGCUCACGGUCCUUGAGGGUACGGCUGACAGUGCUUUUCCGGAGGGUGCUGCGAAGCUGCCGCAUGGUGUCCAGGCCCUCCAGGGGCUCUAGUGCUCGUAACAGGACACAAGCCCCAGCCCCUGUGGGACAGACAGACAGCCUGGAAGUAAAUUUCAGACCUGCACAUACCCAGUGUUGCAGGGGUGCUGCUGUCUUCCUGCACAUGUAAACUGGUAUUCACUGCAUUCAGAUAUCCAGACCCCUCUGCCCCCUCUUCCCUGUAGCAUCAACUAGGCUGCUAAGCCUUCCCUAAGAACCUUGGGAAGCCUCUACCAAGUAAGACUGACAGUGACACUCUCACCACUGCUCUCCAAGCCAGAAAUAUGAUCAACUAGUAUGGGUGAGUCUUUGGCUUCCUCUAGUCUUGAUUGGUAGUGGCUACAAGAAUGGCAUAGGAAGCCCCAGAGAGCCAGCACCUCUGGGGUAGAAUGCCACUCUACUAGAAAAUGGUAAGUCUCAAACCUAAUUCAAAUAUGAUAUAGGUCAAGAAAACCUUGAAUCCCUCCUCCCAUGCUGUACCUAGCUCACCACCUGGGACUUUCCCUGCCAUUUCAGGGAGAAGCGGGACACACAGUCCCUGUGAGUGCAGGGCAUGUGAUCCCUACUCUCGGCUCCCAGGGCCACUUAAUCAUCCCACGCUAUCCUGGCUCCCUCUCAUCUUCAUGCAAACAGCAUUGACCUCCACGUCCUUGCCUAACUCUGCUACACAUCUGCUUUAAAUUAGCUUCUGACCUCUGCUCUACUUGGCCUGAAACCCUCAUCCUCUUCCAAACCCUCAGCAUCCACACCUGGACAAGUAUCAGUGAUACCCAUGUCCUUAGCCUCUAUUCAACACGGAUGACGACCCUCACCAGGACCAUGUGCACCCUUGUGGGAAUUUGCCCCCAACCUGGAUGUUCUUGGGGGCGAUUCAAUUACAAGGUCACCCUUGCGUCUGCCUUGCUCACCAUGCCCCAGGAACCAGCAUUUUUUUUCUCCUUCAGAGACUGCAGCACUAACCAUCUCUGGUUUUAUUUCCUUAGUUCAGCCAUAUUAACAGGGUUGGUUCUGUCCAAGAAGGCUUGUCAUCUUUCUCUCUUUUUAAUUUAAAGAAAGAAAAAAGGGUGUACUGUUGUUUUGCCUGUAUGUAUAUCUGCACCACUUAUACACCUAGUGCUGAUAGAUGCUAGAAGAGGGCACUGGAUCUCCUGGAACUGGAGUUAUAGUUAUGGUUGUGAACUGCCAUGUGGGGGCUGGAAAGAAAACCCAGCUCCUCUGCAAGAGCAUCCAAUGCUCUUAACCACUGAGCUACCUCUCCAGCCUCUUGUGAUCUUUUGAUGCCUAGUCAUCCAUACCACCACUCAGGAUGAGCUUUGUGGUAGGCACAGAGUCAGUCUUGUGGUCCACUCACCUCCAGUUCCCAAGUUCCCUGCACUGGACACCCUCAGCUUUCUGCUGUGGGCAGCCACAAUUCCCUGCAUCACAAGUACGUGUCCAACAAACCAAGAACAUUGGUUGGUCACUUUGGGCCAGUGGUGGCUUUGGUAGGAUGGUACGGUUCAUCAGGCUCAGACCACUGAGAACACAAGGCUACAUGGUGUCAGGACAGAGUUGGACCCCAGAGGAGACUCAGUUUCUCUCAGGAGCACUGCACUGACAUCCCUUCACAAAUGCUGUCUGGGGCCAGAAGGUCCUAUGUGGUUAUUGCACGUUUCUAGCAGCAUCCCUGCCUUUACCUGCCAGAUGCUAGCCCGUAUUGAUAACCAGAUAUGUCACCAAACAUUGCCUGAUGUCUCCUGAGGGAGCAGAAAUGCUCCUGGAUAAGAGUGAACCAGAUCCUAUAAUAGGACUUUGGCAAGGUUCCUGUAUGAGCCCAGCUUACCCCAAACUGUUUCUUGCUUUCCCUGGUUCCCAUCCCCUGGUUCACUCCAAACCUAACCCAGAACCAAAACCAUCAUUCUGAACUCUCGUCAUAGAAACGAACUGCUCUACAUGCUGGUUGGCCCUGUAGCCUCUGCUGUGUCAAGAACAGCCAAAGCCCCUGAAAUCCCAAUUUAGCCCUCAGUGGCACCUCCCAACUCAAAUGCCUGUCUACCUCAGUCUUCCAGAGUGUUGGCCAGCUGAUAGCCUGCCUGUUUCCCCAAGCCCAGCACCACUAACCUUGACUGGAGACAUUCAAGCAGAAGUACAUGCCAUAGAUGAUGUACACAUACAGGGUCCCAGGUUUCAUGAACAUGCCACGGUUGCGGGGAGUCUGCCGGCCACCCCUUGAGUGAGCAGCUUCAUCUUCUGGCCCCAAAUAUGCCUCAGUCUCCACAAUGCGUCCACGGAGUUCUGUUCCAUCAGCAAGUCGCCGGACAAGGACCUGUGGGCAGUGAGUCUGCUCAGACCAUAGGGAUGGAGGUCAACCCAGCUGGACAGUCCCCACCUAGAUCUCUUUUAAGCUCAGGAUGUACCAGGAACCCAAGUCCAGAGAGACCCAACUACCUGGUUCCUCCAUUCUGCCUCUUCUUUUGCUCCUGCUCAGAGCCUGAAUGCCAAUAUUAAGGUCACCAGCCCUUCUGGUGUUCUGAGUCACUUGGAUUCACUGUGCAGGUUGACCUCAAAGUCCCCUCAGUGUUCUCUGCUGUCCCAUAUCCUCUUCCCACAGUUCCCUUGAGAGCCUUAAAUAUUCAGUGGCCCCAUGGGGUCCCUACACAUUUCCUGGCAUAUCCAGAUUCUGUGAUGUGCUUGUUAAGCUAGGCUAGCCACAAAGGAUCUACACUCUCAGACUGCCCAUUAGUGCUAUGACCUUAAUGAGAAACAGGCACCAUGCAGUGCCUAGUCUGGUCCAUGAUCCCAAGAAUGGCCAGAAGUCUUUUUUUUUUUUAAGAUUUAUUUAUUUAUUAUGUAUACAAUGUUCUGCCUGCAUGGAUGCCUGCACACCAGAAGAGAGCACCAGAUCUCAUUCUAGAUGGUUGUGAGCCACCAUGUGGUUGCUGGGAAUUGAACUCAGGACCUCUGGAAGAGCAGCCAGUGCUCUUAACCUCUGAGCCAUCUCUCCAGCCCCGGGCUGCAGUCUUAACUAGGGCUCAUGAAAGGAUUUCGUCACCCACCCAUGUCCACAGCACUUUACAUCUUUAUUUUUUUAUUUUUUUAGGUUUUUUGAGACAGGGUUUCUCUGUAUUGUUUUGGAGGCUGCUCUAUAGACCAGGCUGGCCUCGAACUCACAGAGAUCAGCCUGCCUCUGCCUCCCGAGUGCUGGGAUUAAAGGCGUGUGCCACCAACGCCUGGCUUUAUUUUUUUAUUUUUAUUUUUUGGUUUUUUGACUUAGGUUUGAGGGAUUAUUUGGUCAGAAGGCACCUUCAUCUCCGUCCAGGCAGAACCAUAGUGCCUCAGGGUUGAUGUAAUGGGUAGAGUGGAGGAAAAGAAGGGGCCAGUGCUUGUCUUGGAAGCCUAGAAAUCCUUUCAGGAACCCAAAACACUGAAGACAGGGAUGAAUGUUUGGAAGGGGAGAAAGGUCAGGGAGUCUCCCUUCACUAACUAUACUCGCAUGCUCCCAUGUCUCCAACUGGCACACUGAGAACCCCAGCUGAGCUGGAGGGAGCUCCCUGCACUUUUCUGGUGGAAGACCUGGGGAGGCAACAUGAUCCCCUGUAUAGAGCAGUCUGCUGUCCUGGCAACUCACUGCAGUGAGCCUUUACUGAGCUUGUCACCCACACCAGGGUUUUCCUUGACCAAAGGAAUGCACAGGCUAAAAUACCCCUCUCCGUGCCAGACAUCAUCUUGUCUACCAAUAUGGGCUCAAGCAGGCAUGACAGGGAGCCAGUUGACAUAUCCAGGAUGCUGAACAGAGGCAGAUGUAUGGUGGUGGUGGACCAUCCUUAGGCCCUUGACCUAAACUUGAGGUUUAAAAAACCCAUGUUUGUCAUAAUCAUAGAUUCUGAUUACUAUGGGGAUUUUAGAAGGAACACAGAUCCUUGACAACAGAAUUAAGUCUCUUCUCCACUAGGUCAGGGUCUGUUCCUGUUAACAUGGAACUCUUAGCACCAGUUCUUCCAUUAGAGAAACUGGCUGUCCUUGGCCAUGCUACCCUAAAGGGAAGCUUCUUAAGAGAAAAAGGUGGGCCAGGGAACCUCCUAAAACCAGCUCUGGCACCUAGGAAUAGUGGGUGCUGCAAAUGAACCCGCCAGAUCCAUCAUGUGCACUUUGGAAGGUGACAGGCUGUACUAUAGGCCACACCAGGCUGGUCCUGGGGUAGUCCCAACUUCUCACUCCAAGCAUGCCUGGCAUAGCCCACAUCCUGGACCUAUACUGACGGAGCCAUGUAAUGAGACCAGCUCUUUCAAGUGAUUCAGACACUGGCAACCUAACCUUGGCCCCAGCCAUCAGGGAACAGGGUAGCUAAAAGUGUCCCUCAGAGAUGCUGGGGCCAAUACAUAAUACCAUUAUUGUCAGUGACCCUGCUACCUCCACAAGGAACACCCCUAUCAAUAUAUAUAUAUAUAUACACACAUAUAUAUAUAUAUUUUUUCAAGACAGGGUUUCUCUGUAUAGCUUUGAAGCCUGUCCUGGAACCGGCUUUGUAGACCAGGCAGUUCUCAUACUCACAAAGAUCCGCCUGCCUCUGCCUCCUGAGUGCUGGGAUUAAAGGCUUGUACCACCAACGCCUGGCCCUAUCAAUAUUCUUAUUCUUUGCAGUGAUCCUAGACAAUAACAGCCAAAUUAUCUGAGGCCAAUGUGGACAAGACAGCUACCUAUGUGAGCACAAUGAGGCCGAAUAAAGAUGUGAACAAGCAGUGACAGGACACCUGCAUGUAUUUAUAUUACCUGUCCCAGAAAUGCACGGGCCAGGGUGACCGCUGGCUGGUCAAAAAACUCUGGUCCCAGGCGGGCAGGGUGGUCCUCUGGACUGGAGAAGUAGAUGCUCUGCUGGGGGCCCAGGGAUGAGGGUGGCCUCUCCUUAGGGAUCUGCUGCCACUGUGAUUCUGCUAGUUGCUGUUUUUUUUGUCUGAUCUUUCGGGAAAGCUGUAAUAGGAAAUAAAACAAAAGCAAAUGUU